ACUGUUUACAAAUUUGCACUUGAAAGAGGAUAAUGAGAAAGAGAUGAGAACCUGCGAAGGAGGGAAUGAAAAGGACAGGUGUCUACAGCACUAGGUGGAAGUAAGGACAGUUGUUGUUUGUCAGUGACGGAGCGUUUCGGCGGACGGCGGCACAAUGAGUAUUUUAAACUACAAUGGUGGUUGUGUUGUGGCCAUGAAGGGCAAGAACUGUGUUGCGAUUGCCUGUGAUCUGCGUUUUGGCGUCCAGGCUCAGACCAUCUCAACUGACUUUAAGAGAGUGUUUGAGCUUGGGCCUCAUCUCUACAUUGGUUUACCUGGUCUGGCCACUGACACACAAACUGUUUUACAGAGGCUCCAAUUUCGUAUCAAGAUGUACGAAAUGCGUGAGGGGAGACGACUGAAGCCCCACACUUUGAUGGCCAUGAUGCAGAACCUCUUGUAUGAGAGGAGGUUUGGUCCAUACUUUGUGGAGCCGGUUAUUGCCGGGCUUGACCCAAAUACGAAGGAGCCAUACAUCUGCGCCCUUGACCUCAUUGGAUGUGCCUGUGAACCUGCAGACUUUGUGGUGUCAGGAACCUGUUCAGAAUCACUUUAUGGUAUGUGUGAGACAACUUGGCGAGAGGACAUGGAACCGGAAGAUCUGUUUGAAUGCAUCAGUCAGUCACUUGUCAAUGCAUUUGACCGUGAUGCCUUGUCUGGAUGGGGAGCAGUUGUUCAUAUUAUAGAGCAAGAUAAGGUGACUACACGAACACUCAAGUGUCGACAGGACUAGUUACUCGUAGUUGUCAUGGGGAAGCACUGUUGCUUUAUGCUUUUCAUGCCAGUUUUGUAACUGCAUGUGUUAUGUAAUAUGUCAUUUUUUUUGUUAACAGAUUUCAUUCAAAAUUUCCCCUGACAAGUUGGAAGUACUUUUGUGCGUGAUUUUCAUUAAGAUCAAUAAAAUAUCUUUAUUAUUA